CCGCCUCGCGCUCGCGGGCCUGCGCAGCCCGCCGGGCCCCCGGGGCCGAGCCCUCCCGCGAGCGCAGCUCCGGCCUUGCCCACCGGCGCGGGGGGCGCAGCCGCUGGCCUCGACCGGGGCGCCGAGCGCCCGAGCGCCCCGGCGGAGGCGGCGGCCCCGCGGCUGCCCGGACCGUGGCACUAGCCCCGCUCCCGCCCCCCCCAGGCGGCGGUCAGGAUGACCACGCUCACGCGCCAGGACCUCAACUUCGGUCAAGUGGUGGCCGACGUGCUCUGCGAGUUCCUGGAGGUGGCCGUGCACCUCAUCCUCUACGUGCGCGAGGUCUACCCCGUGGGCAUCUUCCAGAAGCGUAAGAAGUACAACGUGCCGGUGCAGAUGUCCUGCCACCCGGAGCUGAACCAGUAUAUCCAGGACACCCUGCACUGUGUCAAGCCCCUCCUGGAGAAGAAUGAUGUGGAGAAAGUGGUGGUGGUAAUUUUGGACAAAGAGCACCGCCCGGUGGAGAAAUUCGUCUUUGAAAUCACCCAGCCUCCACUGCUGUCCAUCAGCUCAGAUUCCCUGCUGUCUCACGUGGAGCAGCUGCUCCGAGCCUUCAUCCUGAAGAUCAGCGUCUGUGAUGCGGUCCUGGACCACAACCCCCCAGGCUGUACCUUCACAGUCUUAGUGCACACGAGAGAGGCUGCCACUCGCAACAUGGAGAAGAUUCAGGUCAUCAAGGACUUUCCCUGGAUCCUGGCAGAUGAGCAGGACGUCCACAUGCAUGACCCCCGGCUGAUACCACUGAAAACCAUGACGUCCGACAUUUUAAAGAUGCAGCUCUACGUGGAAGAGCGAGCUCAUAAAAGCAGCUGAGGGUGUGAGUGGCCCUGGCAGGGAUGCUGCAACGGCUGGACGUCGGCCGGGGCCCCGGCCUAGGGCAGGGCUGCGGGGCCACCCUGGUUUCAAGUGCUCUUACUGCCUCGGGGUAUGGACCGGCCCCCCUCCAGCGCGGCGGACUCAGGUCCGGCUGCCUUCGUGGACGAAUUCGCCCCAGGAGGGCAGGGACGGUGCUCGGACCUGGAUUCCUUAUCUUAGCUCCUGCGGUCUGGCCGGUCAACACGGUCUGUCUCAAAUACUGUGCUGUGAGCGGUUUCAAUAAAGGGCGCCAAGGGCCGA